GUAGGCACAAACACAGCUCGCUGGAGCCGAGCUGCCCAAAGAACUGCUGCUGGACCCCGGGACCGAGAGAGGCUUCAGCCACAUCGACCGCCAGCCCCACCGGAGGCAGCCAGGCCCAGCCGCCAGCUCUGGCUCCUCUUGCUCGGUACCAUGACCUUCUCCAAGACCGUGGACAGCGUGAACGGCCAGGGCCCCUUCCAGUUCCUCAUCAUGGUCCUGCUGGGCCUCCCGGUCCUCGGCUUAGCCAACCACAACCUGCUGCAGAUCUUCACAGCGGCCACCCCUGCCCACCACUGCCGCCCACCCCCCAACGCCUCCGAGGGGCCCUGGGUGCUCCCCGUGGACCUGAAUGGGAAGCCGGAGUCGUGCCUCCGUUUUGUGCACCCACCCAACGCCAGCCUGCCCAACGACACCCGGGGGGCCACCGAGCCGUGCCGGGACGGCUGGGUCUACGACGUCAGCGCCAGGGACUCCAUUGUGACUGAGUGGGACUUGGUGUGCGACGCCAACAAGCUGAAGGAGAUGGCCCAGUCUGUGUUCAUGGCAGGCAUGGUGGUAGGGGGCGUCUUGCUGGGAAGCCUGUCCGACAGGUUUGGCCGAAAGCCCAUCCUGUCCUGCAGCUACCUGCUGCUGGCGUCCAGCGGCUCAGGUGCCGCCUUCUGCCCCACCUUGCCCGUGUACAUGGCCUUGCGCUUCCUGUGUGGCUUCAGCAUCGCAGGUGUUAUCCUGAGCUCCGUGAUCCUGAGUGUCGAGUGGGUGUCCACCCGGAUGCGGGCCAUCAUAUCCGUUGGGAUCGGCUACUUCUACACCAUGGGCCAGUUCGUCCUGCCCGGCCUGGCCUACGCCAUCCCCCAGUGGCGCUGGCUGCAGCUGACCGUGUCCGCUCCCUUCUUCGCCUUCUUCCUGCUGUCCUGGUGGAUACCGGAGUCCAUACGCUGGAUGGUCCUGUCUGGCAAGUCUGCAAAGGCCCUGAAGACCCUCCGGUGGGUGGCCGCCUUCAACGGCAAGAAGGAGGAGGCAGAAAAAAUCAGCCUGGAGGAGCUCAAACACAACCUGCACAAGGAGGUCUCCUUGGCCAAGGCCAAGUACAGCAUAGCCGACCUGUUCCGGAAACCCAUCCUGCGCCGCGUGACCUUCUGUCUCUGCCUGGCCUGGUUUGCCACUGGUUUUGCCUACUACAAUUUGGCUAUGGCCGUGGGAGAAUUUGGGUUCAACCUCUACGUCCUCCAGCUCAUCUUCGGCGGGGUCGACGUCCCGACCAAGUUCCUGGCCAUCCUCUCCAUGAGCUACCUGGGCCGGCACAACACCGAGGUCGCCGUCCUGCUCCUGGCAGGCAUGACCAUCCUGGCUCUCAUCUUUGUGCCCUCGGACUUGCAGACCCUGAGGACGGUGCUGGCUGUGUUGGGGAAAGGAUGCCUGUCCAGCUCCUUCAGCUGCCUCUUCCUCUACACGAGUGAACUGUACCCCACAGUUAUCCGGCAAACGGGCAUGGGCGUCGGCAACCUGCUGACACGCAUCGGCAGCAUGACGGCCCCGCUGGUGAGAAUCACGGCGGAGUGGCAUCCCUUCGUCCCCACUGUCAUUUUUGGGACCGUCGCCAUCCUGGGAGGCAGUGCUUCCCUCUUCCUGCCCGAGACCCUCAACCAACCCCUGCCGGAGACUCUCGAAGACUUGGAGAAAUGGUCCCCACAGGCAAAGGGGCCAAAGCAGGAGCCAGAAGCAGAGAAAGAUUCCCAGAGGAGCCCUCUGCAGCCUUGCCAGCCAGGCCUGGGCCCCAGCUGAGGGCGACAGACCCUCCAGAGACGAGCCCCAGCCAGGUCCCUGCCUGCCCCUGGGCUCCAUGGAGGACAGGGGCCCCAGGACAGGUCCCUGCUCUUAGAACGGAGGCUUCUGAGAGCUUGGGGACACUAUCGCCACC